GCAGUUGCAGUGCAGUUUGGUGCGCUUCACACGCAGGACAAGCGGCGGAUCAACGAAGAAAAAGAGCAAGUUAAAAAAUUAUUAACGGACCAAUUAAGUAAGUUAGUUACUUGUAAUACAACGAUACAUCUCGCUGUAAACUUUAUAAACGCCGACCAAACGGGCGCAUCCAAAGUUCACUCGUUGACCUUGUGCCGCAAACGAUAACGAAGCACUCUCGUUGCUUCCGCCUUGCAAUUCCAUUCGUUGAUUGCUCAAAUUUCAAGCAAUUUCAACGACAGACAAAUCAUUCUGUAAAUCUGUGCCGAGUUGGCCUCGCCCGCAUUUGACGCAAAGUACGCGCGAAUACUUAUGCACGGUUUACCUGUGUUUUCAAUUUUUCAACGACGCGUGAACGGAGGAUGUCACGCGGAAUUUAUAAAUUUUGAAAACCGUGAAAAUUUGGCGAACUGGUUUGAAUCGACCAACGCAUUUUGCAAAUGAAAGUGCGCGUGCACAUUUCCCGAAAUUGGCGACAUUUGUCUGUGCGCGAAAUCACCUGUUCUUGCUGCUACCAAGGAAAGGAAAAAGCGUCAAAGAGAUUCAAAAUUACUCGAAAAGCAUCGCAUUUUGUCUGCACACGAUUAUCUGGGAAACUAUUUAUUAAAAAUAAUAUCUGAAAUGAAAUUUGUCCUAUUUCGCAAGAAAGACAUCUUGUGCUUAGUGUGAAUUUGUUUCAAACAUGAAGACAAUUUCGAGAGUGUACGAUUGUUCGCUACAAAAAUCUGAGUGAUAAAUCAGUGGAUCGCAAGAAGAGGAACUGCCAAAACUACAGCACAAUUUUACAAUCAAACAAAAUUGAAGUUAUGAUCGAUGCUAAUGAAGUGAAGAACAACGCAAAGUCGGAUGUUUUAUGGCAGAAAAUUCACUCUGAUCAAAAUGAAUAUCUGUAUAUUUAUGGGUUUGAGAAGAGUUUAUUGAAAACUAUUAUAACAUAUGUAUUGUACAUAUUAUCUAUUGGAUGGAUCAGAUUAUUAUUUCAUUGGUAUCCUCGACUGCAUUUGUAUGCAACUCAUCGAAAAUGUACUUUAAAUCGUGCAACAAAAAUACUUGUAAUAGAUGACUAUCAAGGAGAAUACAAAUCAUACUUUGUACGAGAUGUUAAAAAAAUUUCUACUAAAGAUCUAAGUGCGCAAAGUUUUGCGGCCACUAUUAUUGAUCAAGAUCUUGUAGAGAAAAUCAAGGACAAGAAAUUGAAAAUCAAUUUGGAAAACGGCACAUGUUGUGAAAUUUAUGAAUAUAAAGCUUUCUGGUGCAAAAAGAAAUGUUAUAUCUGGGACGCUACAAAACAUGCAUUUUCGAGACUCGUAGGACUUGAUAAUGGUACAUUGUGUUCCAAUUUUCAUCUCUCAUGUAGUAAUGGUCUGUCCAAGGAAGAGCAAUUGCUUAGGCGCAUUGUAUACGGAAAUAAUGACAUCGUUAUAGAACUUCAGAGUAUCGGUGUAUUAUUAUUGUUGGAAGUUUUAAAUCCAUUUUAUAUUUUUCAAGUAUUUACCGUGGCUCUAUGGCUUGCAGAAGGUUAUUAUUAUUACACUAUUGCGAUAAUAUUAAUGUCACUAUUUGGCAUAACAAGCACAAUAAUUCAAACACGAAAGAAUCAAUUGAAUUUACGGGGUACUAUUGCAUCUUCAGAGAAUGUGCAUGUACGCGUACUUCGAAAUACUGGCAUUUUUGAGAAUAUUUCUAGCAAGGAAUUAGUGCCCGGUGAUGUCAUAGAAUUACCAAAGCAUCAAGCGACUCUCAUAUGCGACGCAGUCUUAUUAACGGGACAAUGCAUACUAAACGAAUCCAUGCUAACAGGCGAGUCUGUACCAGUAAGAAAAACAUCAUUACCAUCUCGUCACGUAUUAUACGAUGCUAAAGAGUUUACGCAUCAUACAUUAUACAGUGGUACCACUAUAAUACAAACUAAAUAUCACGGAGAUCGACCAGCUCUGGCAAGAGUGAUCAGAACUGGUUUUCUAACUAACAGAGGUGGUUUAAUCGCCGCUAUAUUAUAUCCACCUCCAGCAGAUUUCAAAUUUGAUAAAGAUUCGUAUAAAUUUAUUGGCAUUUUGGCAUUCAUUGCAAUAUUGGCUGUUAUAUACACCGUAAUAACCAAGGUUUCGAGAGGAAUUAUAGCUAGCGAUGUAACGAUAAAAGCGUUAGAUAUUAUCACGAUAGUCAUACCACCGGCAUUACCAGCCGCGAUGACUGUAGGAAAGCUGUAUGCUCAAGCUAGAUUGAAACAUGAGCGAAUCUAUUGCAUUAAUAAUAAAGUCAUAAAUGUUUCUGGCAGUGUAAAUUGCGCAUGUUUUGAUAAGACAGGAACAUUAACCGAGGAUGGAUUGGAUAUGUGGGGUGUUGUACCAUGUACAAACGGUGUCCUCGGUGAGGCCGAAACGAAUAUAUCCAAACUCAAAGAUCAUCCUCUUUUCAAAGGGAUGCUAGUUUGUCAUAGCUUAACACUUAUCGAUGGAGAACUUUGCGGAGAUCCUUUGGAUAUAAAGAUGUUCGAAAGUACUAAAUGGAUAUUAAAAGAAUCGGAUUGCAUAGACGUAAAUAAAUACAACGCUAUAGCACCAGUGAUUGUAAAGUUGCCGGAGAGUAAUUUUACAGAAAAUAUAAAUGAAGAGAUCUCGGAAAUUGGUAUAAUACAACAAUAUCAAUUCUUGAGUUCUUUACAACGAAUGUCCGUGAUUGUACGUGUAUUAGGAUCGGAUGAUUUUAAAGCUUACACGAAAGGCUCUCCCGAAAUGAUAAUCAAUUUAAGCAAAACGGAAACCGUACCCAACGAUAUUUCUCUUGUUUUGGAGCGAUACACAAGACAGGGAUACCGUGUAAUAGCUGUGGGUUGUCGAACGAUCUCUGAAAAUAGCGCAGAGAUAUCGAAAUUAUCUCGAGAAGCGGUUGAGCGAGAGUUGGAGUUUUUGGGACUAGUUGUUCUGGAAAACCGAUUAAAACAACCGACAGCAUCAGUGAUUACGGAAUUAAAAGAAGCCAACAUACGCAUAGUGAUGAUUACAGGAGAUAAUAUCCAAACUGCAAUAAGUGUCGCGAAAGAGUGUGGAAUACUUUCGAUGGAGGAAGUGGUUGUAGAUGUAACUUCGAUGGGAGAAGAGAAGGAUCGCCCAAAGAUAUUUUUCAAUCUCAAUCUUCAGUCUCAAUCUUCAAGAUUGAAUUCGCGAGAUCAAGUGUUCGCAACGCCAACGAUCCAAGAUGUAGAACACGGUAUGGUUAAUUGUAAUUAUAGAUUUGCCUUAACGGGCCAAACAUGGCAAGUGCUGCGGGAACAUUAUCCCGAUCUUGUAGAUCGUAUUUGCGUGCGCGGUACAAUAUUUGCUAGAAUGAAUAGCGAUCAGAAGCAGCAAUUGAUUAUGGAGCUUAUGCGACUCGGUUAUUACGUAGUCAUGUGCGGAGAUGGUGCUAAUGAUUGUGGAGCAUUAAGGACCGCGCAUGUUGGUAUAUCGCUCUCCGAAGCAGAAUCCAGCGUGGCUAGUCCUUUUACUUCAAAAGUAUCCGAUAUAAGCUGUGUCCCAAAAGUCAUACGAGAAGGGCGCGCCGCCUUGGUCACGUCGUUUGGAAUUUUUAAAUUUAUGAUAGCAUAUUCCCUUACCGAAUUUCUAUCCGUUAUAAUACUAUACUCCAUAGACUCAAAUUUAACAGAUUUCCAAUUUCUAUUUAUUGAUAUUUGUUUAAUCGUUAAUUUUGCCUUCUUUUUCGGCAAAACUCAUGCAUAUAAAAAGAAGUUAUCCAAAAUAACGCCGAUGACAAGCCUGAUAGGCUUUACACCCCUUUUAUCUCUAACGCUACACAUAUUCAUCAUUAUGGUUUUUCAAGUGAUAGCAUAUUAUGCUGUUCGACAGUUUCCGUGGUUUACACCGUUUGUACCUCAUAGCGAUAAUCCAUACGGGUGUUACGAAAACUAUUCAGUCUACUGCGUUUCUAUGUUUCAAUACAUCACGAUAGCAAUUAUAUUUUCACGCGGAAAACCAUAUAGACGCCCGAUCUACACGAACAGUGCAUUUAUAUCUUCUAUAUGUUUAUUAACGCUCAUAUGCGUGUAUAUUACGGUUUAUCCGGCACAAUGGAUAGAGGGUGCGUUACAAUUAAUGUUACCACCCAUUUACGACUGGAGAUUCAUCAUCUUAGUGCUCGCUGUAGCCAAUUUUCUCAUUUGUUAUUUCGUCGAAAGCAUUAUAAUAGAGCGCAUAAUCGAGAAUACUUUAAAGAGAAGAAUGCACAAGCCGAACAAAUCGAAAAAACGAUAUUUAAAAAUAGAAUAUGAAUUGAAGAAUUGUGAAAAUUGGCCUAAAUUCGGAGAACAGCUUCCAAUAUCAUCUAUUUUACGAAAGGAAAAUGAACAAAAUAUCACGAAUAUUACACGCAACAAUCAUUGUCCGAUCAAUAUUAAGAAUAAUCGAAUGGCGAAUGAAUUUAGCAACUCGAUCCAGUUACCACGUAAAGAGAUCAGCGAGAAAAACGGUGUUGAAAAUCUUGGUUUUGAACAUGAUCAAGUAUCAUAUAUAUAAGAUGUUUAUUUUCGAGUAUAGGUACUUUUUAAUCUAACCAUCAAACUCACAGUAUUAACGUAAUAUAAUGUAUAUAUACAUGCAGAUAUAUGAUAUUGGAGCAUUGCAUACUCUUUAUAUAUUCGCAUAAAUGAACGCAUUGCGAAAUAUAUAUUUUAUAUAUAUUUGUUAAAAUGAAAUAAAUAUAAAUAAAAAAGGGAAAAAUUUUUUCAACGGUAGUUUAGAUGUUAUCGCGUCUAUGAAUGUCUUUUUUAAAACAAAGAUACAUAUGAAGUUUUUUUCCAAAAGCUCAAGCUAUCUUCUUCGAAUAUCAUAUGGUGCGAUACACACACAUAUGUAUGUAUGUAUGUGUAUUGACAUGGUUUUAUAUGUACUCUUGUUUUAAAAGACGUUCAUAGAUCACAUUUAAACUACUAUUAAAAAUAUUUUUCUUCUUUUUACUUAUAUU